AUGCUUCGCAUCCUCUGCAUUCAUGGCGGAGGCUCUAGCUCCGAGAUCUUUGAAUCACAAACAACUGCCUUGAGAUCACUCCUUCCAAAUUCAUGGGAAUGGGUGUUUCAUGACGCAGAGUUGGAAUGUGCUCCUCUACCCAGUAUCAAAAAUCUCUAUCCUGGUCCGUACUUUACGUUCUUCCUCGUUCCCAGUGUCUCCCGAAUGAAUGAGCUGCAUGAGUGGUUCUUGAAUCUGAUCGAGGAGGAGGGACCCUUUGAUGGCCUCAUGGGCUUUAGUAUGGGAGGUUAUGUUCCUUUAUCUUUGAUGCUCAAGCGUCAAAAGCAUUACCCAUUGAUGCCACCUUUGUUUCGAUUUAUGGUUUUUUGGGGUGGCAACCUCCCUUGGUCAGCCGACCAGGAAGAAGGGAUCGAAGUGACAGACUGGAUCCUAGCACAUAGAUUAGUGCCACCAGAUAUUGAAGACAUUAGAAGCUUUAAUGCAUGGGCCGCGGAACAUCCAGAUGACAGACCCGAUCCAGAUGAUCCUACAGGUAUCAAUCCGGCGCUCCAUCCACUCAUUCCAGGAUGGCUCGCUGGCAAGGUAUUCGAUCGCCGAAACUACUAUACCCGAGUUUACCAUCCGGAUGUAACGCAGACACGACUACAGAUUCCUACACUACAUGUGUUGGGAAAGGCAGAUGAAGUGUAUGGAGGCUCGAAGCGCAUGGCGGAACUUUGUAAUGCCAAAACUCGAGUGGUAUACGAGCACAAGGGAGGCCAUGAUGUUCCGAGAGACAGAACAGAUAUCUUACGUAUUAAGGAGCUAUUCGAGAAAACUGUGGCAAGGUCUCAACAACUGGCGUAA